AUGAUACCAUCAUUAACUUCUCUCUUUUCCUCACCACCAGACUUGACCUACGGUCGGGCAUCACUACCCUACAACAAAUAUGAACUCGCCUUCCGCUCUGCCCCAUAUCACCACACAGAAUAUAUCGUUCCUUUUCCCAAUCAUCCAACAUAUCCAAACGCCGAUCAUUUUAUCUAUUAUCAAACCUGGUCACUUUCAAACGUCAAACAACGUAACCUUGAUGUCAUGAUUGUGCAUGGCAUGGACGGUUACGGAGGUCGCUUCUCGCAGCAUAUCGACCCAGCGUUGAGAGAAGGAUUCAGAGUCAUCGCACUUGAUUUGCCUUCAUUCGGCCGAUCAUCGGGAAAACACGCCUAUCUGAACGACUGGAAAGAACUAACAGAAGCCGUACAUUGUGUCAUCGAUCAUCUAAAAAAGGAAAACGAAAACUAUACGGAUACCAAGCUCUCGUCAAAAGGAUCUACUCUUCCGUACGAUUCGCGUCCCAAUCCUCGCAAACUGGUUCUUUGUGGCGAGUCCCUCGGCGGAUUUAUAACUCUGUGUUAUUCUAUUCUUUAUCCGCACACUAUCGAUGCAAUACAUUUAUUCUGUCCGCUAGUAUUUGUCUCGGAAACUUCACGUCCGAGCAAACUCAUCGAACUUGUCGCAAAGGUGAUUGCAAAGUCGCCACUUGGGUAUUUACCAAUGUCUUACGCGAUGGUAGGAAAGGGAAGUUCGGAUCCGAAACUCGAGGAAGAGUUUAGGAAUGACCCGAUGACGUAUAGCGGUGGACUCCGGGGUAGCACGGGUAUUGCACUUCUCCAUGGCACACUCUGGCUCGAGGCCAAUCUGCAAGAGGUCUCCCAUGCGUUUUUUGUACAGCACGGAACUUCUGACAGAGUAUGUGCCGUUGAAGGAAGUCAAUUGCUUUAUGAAAAAGCCAGGACGCCGCUAAAGAACAAGAAACUUGUAUUAUACGAUGGACUUGAGCAUGAAUUGUUACGAGGAGUGGGUUGUGAUAAAGUUAUAGAGGAUUGGGUGGCUUGGUUGAUAGAAAUUGAUGAGAAUGAAAGUAAUCAAAAACGCGAAGAGAAGUAA